UGUUGAAAAAACAAAAUGGUCUUCAAGUUCGUGGUCAUCUCUUGCCUGCUAGCUGUAGCCUACGGUAGCGUAGCGCCUGCAGCAAUUGCGGCGACUCCAGUUGCCUACACAGCUCCUGCCGUUGCAGCUAGAUUAGAAGAAUUCGACCCAUUACCACAGUACAGAUUUGGAUAUGAUGUAGCAGAUUCUCUUACUGGAGACUAUAAGAGUCAGCAGGAAGAGCGUAACGGUGAUAUUGUCCAGGGACAAUAUUCAUUAGUGGACCCUGAUGGUACUCGUCGUAUCGUUGACUACUCAGCUGACUCUGUCAAUGGAUUUAAUGCAGUUGUACGCAAGGAACCCCUCGUAGCUCCCGCUGUUGUAGCCGAACCUGCAGUUGUACCUGCUCGCUUGGCCGCUGCUCCCGCUGUUGCUCCGGCUUCUGCAGUAGUCGCUGCUCGCUACGCCUAUGCUGCCACUCCCAUUGCGGCACCUGUUGCAGCACCUGUUGCUAGAUACGCUGUAGCCCCUGUUGCAGCUCCUCUUAAGGCUGCACCUGUAUUUGCAAGAUAUGCCACUGCUCCUGUAGCUACAGCCCAAUACGUUGCCGCCCCUGCCGCUCCAGUGUUUAAUGCACGAUACACCACCGGUCCCUUUGUAGCUCGAUAUGCUUCUCCCGUAGCGGCUUACACUGCCCCAGUAUCAGCUGCGUAUACAGCUAGUUAUACCGCCACCGGUCCAUUUGCUGCUUACACUGCAGCCCCAUUUGGCGUGACUUACACUGCCGCUGCUCCAGCUGCCGCAACUUAUACUGCCGCUGCUCCAGCACGUUUUGCUCUACCAGCUGGCUACGCCGCACCAGUAGCCGCAGCCCCUGCCCGUCUUACUGCCGCUGCUCCCGUAGCAAGAGUUGCAUCUCCUGCACCGGCCAAAAUAGUUGAAGCUACUGCCGCUGGUUAUCGUUACCCUUGAAAGAUAUAUGAUAGAGUUGAUGACUCAUUUUUUUUAAAAGACGGUAUUUGUACAUAGCUAAAUAAAAUUAUUAUUUUGUCUA